CCCCCACACACACACACAGGAAUUAAAAUAAUGAUAUAUUAUGAAUCUCAGAUAUUAAGCACAUAUCAUAGUCUUUACUAGUACUACUUAUAUACUACACACACCAACUAUCAGAUUCAAAAAUCCCCACUUUUUACAAACAGUCUAUGGUGGGAUUACUAGUUUCACUGUCAUGUCAUUCUUUGCCUUUCCCAUUAUUCAUCAUUUAUAGCUAAUGGUGAAGAGUUUUUGUUAGUGAGGCAAUUUUGGUGCUCAACUACUUAUACAACCUCAGCUUCCAGUUUUUGGGCUGGUGACAGCUAUAUUCACUAAAAAUCUCUGCUUUACAUUUUUGUGCUUAAGGUAAUGACUGCAAUGUUUUGUGAUUCAGAUUUUAUUUUGCUUGUUUGCUCAAAUCAGUUGUGUUUAUUGUUGUUGUAAUAAAGUUGUUUCCUUUCUUGAAUUGGAUAUGAGGAAUUGAUAUUCGUCUUCAAUGAUUUCAUAUUCUUUUCCUUUUUAGCACCGUUUUUAGCUUUUAUACUGGACCCUUUUGCCGAAAAAUUGUGUUGUUUAUGGGAAUUGAGCUUUUCAGAAGGCACCAUUUCGUCUCUCACUUUCCGUUCUGGAUCUCAGUCUUUAUCUCUGUGGCAAAAUUUAGGAUAGAAGUUUGAAGAAGUUUAAUACAUAUAUAGUUACUUGAAAACUGCCUGGUAGUUCUUUGUUGGACCAGAUUUUUUUGGGCUAGGAAUCGAUACUGAAGCUAUUGCAAUUGUUAUUUGAUUUCAGUUCUGCAUUCUCCGAUAUGGAUCUUCGUCAAUUUUAUUUUUAUUUUUCCGUGUUCCCUCUAGGAAGAUAAAAGAAAGAUCUUAUGAAUGAUGGUGGAAGCUCUACUUUGCUGAACUAUUCGCCCGUAGUAUUUUGGAAAUUGAAUGCUGAAUAAGAAAUGUUUUUGAGUAUAGCAGUAGCUUUAGUAGAACAGUGUAAAGUUACAGUGAUUUGGAGGGAACCAAUGAAAUUCUGAUUUUACGUAUUGUGAUAUUUUCCUAUGCAUGCGAUGCUGCAAUUUUAACCUGAGUAAUUCAUCAGCAGUCUUGCUCUUUUUGAUACCUCAAAAAGUUUUGAAUACUAUUUAUGUUAAAGCAUGUUCUCCUGUUCCCCAGUUUCAGCUGCAAAAGUUGUUCAAGCUUAUAUAAUUUAUUUGCUUUUUGUUAAUCUUGCAAAACAUUAAAUGUGUUACAGAUGUGAAUCUGUUCUCGUGUUGAGAAGAUCGGAAUGAUUAUUUGUCGUGUUGUUAUUAAUCAAUGUCCAUGUAUCUGUUAUCUUCAAAUGUAAGAACGAGUUGUUCUUUGAUAUGCAAAUGGUUUCAUCCCAAAGCAAUUGCACGGUUUGCACCCUGAUAGCACCCAUGAAUUAGCAAGGAUCUUCACAUGCCAUCAAUGAUUUGUGUGCUUAAACCAAUUAGGGAACAACACUCUAAGAAAAGACAAUAGGAGAACUUAUCUGGUUUGCAAGGAAUUCAAUUUUGUGAUGUUAUUUUUCUGUAUCUGUUCCAAUUAUUCUGCCACUGCACCGUUUUGUUAUCUAACUCUCCACCAUUACAGGGAGCUUUUUGGUGCUUCACAAAUCAAAAUUAUGGCCUCUAAGAAAGACUUACCUCCUGGAAAUAGAUCACGGAGUCCUGUCUCUAUAUUUGUUGUUCUUGGCCUGUGCUGUUUCUUUUACUUACUGGGCACAUGGCAAAAAAGUGGUUUUGGAAAAGGUGAUAGAUUAGCAAUGGAAAUGACCAAGCUCACUGACUGCUAUGUUGCUCCUACUUUGGACUUCGAACCCCAUCACAUUCAAGAGCCACCUGCUGAAUCUUCUGAACCAGAAGCCAAAAUGCUCAUGCCAUGUGAUAUUAAAUACACCGAUUAUACUCCUUGCCAGGAACAGGACAGGGCUAUGAGCUUCCCAAGAGAAAACAUGAUAUAUCGGGAGAGGCAUUGUCCUCCAGCAGAAGAGAAGUUGCAUUGUCUUAUUCCAGCACCCAAAGGAUGGGAAACUCCGUUUCCCUGGCCAAAAGGCCGUGAUUAUGUGCAUUAUGCUAAUGUUCCUUACAAACACUUGACAGUUGAGAAAGCUAACCAGAACUGGGUACAGUUUCAGGGUAAUGUGUUCAAAUUCCCAGGAGGAGGAACAAUGUUCCCUCAUGGUGCUGAUGCAUAUAUUGAUGAACUUGCAACUGUGAUUCCAAUAAAGAAUGGAUCCAUUCGCACGGCAUUGGACACUGGUUGUGGAGUUGCCAGCUGGGGUGCUUACUUGAUGAAAAGGAAUAUCUUGGCGAUGUCAUUUGCACCGAGGGACAAUCAUGAAGCACAAGUGCAGUUUGCAUUGGAAAGAGGCGUGCCAGCUUAUAUUGGGGUUCUUGGGUCAAUAAAGCUUCCAUUCCCAUCAAGGUCAUUUGAUAUGGCUCAAUGUUCUCGUUGUCUGAUACCGUGGACAGCAAAUGAUGGUAUGUAUUUGAUGGAAGUUGAUAGAGUUCUCAGGCCAGGUGGCUAUUGGAUUCUCUCUGGUCCUCCGAUUAACUGGAAGACCUACUAUCAGACUUGGAAAAGGACUAAGGAGGAUCUCAAAGCUGAACAAACAACAAUUGAGAAGCUGGCUGAAAGUCUUUGCUGGGAGAAGAAGUAUGAGAAGGGAGAUCUUGCUAUCUGGAGAAAAAGAAUAAAUUCCGAGUCCUGCAAGAGAAAGUCUGCUAACAUGUGUGAAACGGGAGAUGCUGAUGAUGUGUGGUAUAAGAAAAUGGAAACAUGCGUAACACCAUUUCCAGGAGUUGAAACAGCGACUGAAGUGGCUGGUGGAAAGUUAGAGAAAUUCCCAGCCAGGCUGUUUGCAGUUCCUCCUCGUAUAGCAAAUUCAAUGGUUCCCAAGGUCACUGUUGAAUCUUAUGAAGCAGACAACAAACUGUGGAAGAAACAUGUACAUGCUUACAAAAACAUAAUUCGGUUACUUGGGACCUCAAGAUAUCGUAACAUAAUGGAUAUGAAUGCUGACCUUGGAGGCUUUGCAGCAAAUUUAGAUUCAUCAAAGCUCUGGGUAAUGAAUGUUGUGCCCACUAUUGCUCAGAAUACUCUUGGUGUCGUAUACGAGAGAGGCCUCAUCGGCAUGUAUCAUGACUGGUACUUUCUUAUUAUCCUUUUUGCCCCGUGUUUACCAUGUAUCAUGUCUGGUACUUUCUUAUUAUCCUUCUUGCCUCCUGUUUACCAUUUAUCAUGACUGGUAUUUUCUUGUUCUAAAGUAGCCUGAUCAUGGUUAAAAAAUUAUGCACGUCGUCUUUCAGUUUCCAUAGUUUAUUUAUAGUUGGGACUAUUUUCUUGUUUCUUUAUCUAUGAUAAAGAUGCAGAUUCUUAAGAAAAUGCUGAGGUAUUGGCACACAAUCUGUGUUAUUUAUGGUUCAGGUGUGAAGGUUUCUCCACUUACCCGAGGACAUAUGAUCUCCUCCAUGCUAAUGGCUUAUUCAGUCUUUACCAGGACAAGUAAGCUUUUUCGAUCCCUGCCUGCCAUUUCUACAUCUCGUUUCCUAUAUUUAAUGGCUUCUUGGUUUCACAAUUUGCUUAAAAAUUGACUAGCAUGCAACCAAUUACCAUGUUCAAUGAGGAAGUAUAAGAAAAUCAUGGACGUCAUCUGGAAACCACAUUUAUUAUUUUGUUUGAUGCAUAUCUUAAAAGUUUAAGGACUGUUAGUAUCUUAGACGUAAUUCUAAUUUGGCAGAAUUUUUUAUUUCCGAAUUCGGAAUUAAAGCUAUGAAUGUGAAUGUAGAUUAUCUAUCAAUGGCUGCACAUUUUCACGAACCUGAAUAGACACAGAUAAAAAAAUGUCUUAUUCUUGUGCUUAAAUGCACCGAACAGGUGUGAGUUUGAAGAUAUUCUUCUUGAGAUGGAUCGUAUCUUGCGGCCUGAAGGCACUGUGAUCAUCCGCGAUGCGGUUGAUGUCUUGAAUGAGGUCAGGAAAAUCGCAGGAGGCAUGAGAUGGGAUAUAAAACUCGUGGAUCAUGAAGAUGGACCUCUCGUGCCUGAAAAGAUAUUCGUUGGUGUCAAACAGUAUUGGGUUGGAAGCACAGGGAAUAGCACAACUGAUGAUGAAUAAACCACUAGACAUUGUUGAAUACACAAGGCAAUGAACAGCUACCGUGAUGCUCAAACCUAGCCGCUGUAGCUGGAGACGUUAGUAAUUCAAUCAUGGAUAUUGGAGGGGUAGGUUUUGUAGAGCUUUCAUUUUUUUUUUUUAGGGUAAAUGUUCAUGUAUGCUUUAUUUUGAAGUUUGUAUCAAUGUUGAGAGCCUUUACAGAGUUAAGACUAUAAAAAGGCAAGAAUUGCCUUAGUGACAAUGUUGAUGUUAGUAAUAGUGGCCUAAAGCUAAAAUUGGCCGUAAGCCUAGAGCAGUAUUUACCUAAUGAUGGCUGGUUGCCUUUGUAUGAAUAACUAAAAUCUUCUCAAUUUUUGCAAUAUCAAAUUACAGUCUUCAAGAAGUCCGUUUCAGUAGUAUUAUCUCAAUGUGCACUAGAAUCAGAAAUGCAAAUCUCGUCCUCAGAAUAGGAGUGCUAUAUUUACUAAAUCAAAAUAGUAAAAUCUCG